UUACCUUUGAUAAUUUGGAAUAUGCGCUCUUUUAUCGUAAUUUUCCCCUUUUAAGGGGAAAGAAAAAACAAGAGAAAAUUAUCAAAUUUUACUACAUAAAAAAAUACUAAUUAAUAUAAGAAGAAUACAAUAAUAAAUAAUUAUUUCUGCAAUAUUUCAAUAACACGGAUUGAAAUGGAAAGACGGUUUUGUAUUUACUUACCGAAAGGGAUGCUGUACGGCAUAUUAUUAAAAACCGCCAAAUUGACAUCACUUAUUGUAAAUGUGAACUGGUGUGUGUGUGUGCGGAAGAAAUUUUUAUUAAUUUCGUUUUGUAAACUGUGGUUUUUUAAAAAUGUUUUAAUGCAUAUAUUGAUAGAAAAUUCUUAGGAAAAAGGAUAAAUUAGUAAAUAAAAAUUAAACGAUAAAUUUGGAAAGUGUACAAUUAACGUAAAACCGUGUAACGUGUGUGAUAGACCGAGCGGUAGCAAAAAAAAAUUUUUUUUGCUAAUUGCCACAGAAAACUACAAAAAAUAAAGUAAAAUAUUUUCAAAAUUAGUUCAAUAGAAUAUAUAUAAAAAGAAAAAAUUUAGCAAAAUCCUUUCGUACAUUGAAUAUCAAUUAAAAGUUUAAUAUAAAUAUGACUGCAAGCAUUAAUGUGUAUGUAACCAAAUCAACAUAACCUUACCUUAUGACCCCUGAAUCCAAUCCCCUGAAUACAGUUAACUGCUGCUCCCCGGUAUCAUAAAUAUUUCAGAAAUUUAGGUGCUCUUUGUGAAUUUUUCCCCAAUUUAUUUUUAUAAAAUAAAAAAUUGAAUGAACUAUUUCAUGCCUGUUGUUGUUGCAGUUCAUAUCCAGCUGCACUUUUCGAGUUAAGCAGCCAGUGAUAAAAUACGUCAAAAAAAGAAGAAAAAAAACAGAAAGAAUAAUCGGUAAGGGUGGUACGAAAUAUUGCCGCGUAUUCUUAUGUGUAUAUCUUAAAGAAAGUGGAAAUUUUGCUGUUCUUCGAUAAUAUAUUUUCAUACAUCUACAAACAUUCAAAAAAAAGAAAAAUUCAAUUGUGAUAUAUAUAAGUAAUGUCACAACACGUGCAAGACCCGGCCGUCUUUGAAAGACGUUUACGACCUAUAUAUGAUAACUUGGAGGUCGGCAAUAAUCGUAAGGCGUUGCAAGAGACUGAGAAAUUACUGAAGAAACAUCCGAAUUUAUUAUGCAUUAAAGCACUUAAGGGUUUGGCGCUGUUACGUCUGGGACGAUAUGAAGAAAGUGAUGGGUUUUUGCAAGCGGUAGCUAAUGAAAAGCCGGCAGAUGAUGCUACACUACAAGUGCUAUCAUUUUGUUACAAAGAAUUGGAGCAAUUGGACAAAAUUGUCGAGCUUUACAAUCACGCUGUUAAGCAACAACCUGCCAAUGAAGAAUUAUUGGCUCAUUUAUUCAUUUCUCAUGUUCGUUUGGAAGAUUUUAAAUCGCAACAAUCGGUGGCUUUACAACUUUAUAAGGCCCAUCCAAAGAAUGCCUAUUAUUUUUGGGCUGUAAUGAGUGUUGUUUUACAGGGUACACGAGGUCCAGAAUGUCAAAAUCUUACAAAGCGUCAAAUUUAUUUAUCAUUGGCUCAACGUAUGGUAGAUAAAAUGAUUCAAGAGAAUAAAUUGGAAUCGGAACAAGAAGUUCAUUUAUAUUUACAAAUAUUAAAACUGCAGAAUAAAUCGAAGGAAGCCUUGGAAUUCCUUAACAGUUCCAUAUGUACGAAAUUAUAUCCCGGUGCUCCCAUCUAUAUGAAAAUUAAUUUGCUUAAAGAAUUGAAAAUGUGGAGAGAUUGCAAUAUAUUAUUAAAGGAGCUAUUAAACGAAGAACAUGAUCGUUGGGAUUUCUAUCAGGAUUAUUUAACUAGUUGUUUUGAAUUAUUAAAAGAGCAACAAGAAGUCGAUAAAAAAUCGGAUAAAAGUGAAUCAGAAAAGAAUGAAACGGCUCUUACAAUUUUAGAUGAAUGUCAUGAGUUUCUAUGUCAGUGUAUUUGCUUACAUUUAAUAGAAGAAGGUGAGAAAAAAGUGCGAGGCCCAUACUUGGCUCGAUUGGAAUUGUAUAAGCGAAUGUGUGCCCAUAAUCUGGAUGCGAAACAUUUGCUGGGUGAUUUAAGUGAAAUGAUUACCGAAUAUUUUCGUUUAUUUGGCGAUAAAUCUUGUUGCACUCAUGACAUUGCUUUAUUUCUACCCACCAUAAGUAUGCAAGAGCGCCAAGAAUUAGCCAGCAAAUUAUUAUUGGAAAGCGGCAUCAGUUCGACAACAUUACCACAAAAUAAAGAACAAAUGCAAAAACACAUUUGUGCCCUACAAAUAUCACGUAUCUGCGGUUCCCAUUUGGACUUGAAACUGGAGCAUUUGUUGGCUUUUUAUACCGCCUUGAAAUUGCAUUAUGAACAUGGUUUAAGUUCGUUUGGCAAAAACCUUUUGACCACUGAUAUGGGACCUUCAGAUUCUUAUGCUUUAUUGGCGGCGAAUGUGAUGUACGAUAUUAGUCAGCAGCAGCAAAAGUCAGAUCGUAUCUUUGAGGCGUUAUGUUUAUUGCAAUACGUUUUACGCAACAGCACCAGUAAUUUUCACGUGAAACUUUUAAGUUUAAAAAUCUAUCACAUGUUAGGAUGUCAUUUGGGCGCGCAAGAAAUGUACGAUUAUUUAGAUAUUAAACAAAUACAGCUCGAUUCAAUGGGCUAUAUACAUUGCAAUGCAUUGGCUUUAUCGGGACGUUUCUCUAUGGCACGUUCGGUAUUUGAUGCAACUUUAAAAUUCUUCACUAAUAGUUAUAAGGAGAGAUUGGAUUAUUUAGCUUUAACUUAUCGUUUUUGCACAUUUUCAAAAAUUGAAGAAUUCAUGAAUUUCAAGGAGCGACUUACCAACAGUCUACAUUACGUGGCCACUUCGGUUGAGGCUCAACUAUGCGAUCUAGUCAUCUUGUAUGGCAAUGUACAGCAAAAUUUGACCAGCUAUGCUGUCAUGAGUAUAGAUCCCGCCGAAGAUCAUACAUGCUGGCAUAAGCUGAGUGAUAAUCGUGACUUGGACGCUUUAACACGUUGGGAUCCUGUGCAUUUAGUCGCUUUGGAAACAGAGCGUGAAGAUUCUUUUCAACAAGAGGUUGAAAUUUUACGCAUACGUUUAUUGCUAUUACGUUUAAUAGCUUCAUUUGUUGAUCUCUUUCUACCAUCGCUUAGUCCGAAAUCUCGAAGUAAGUCUGGUGAAUUGGCAUCGAAUCAAGCCAGUAAUGCUGCUCAUACAAAUAACGCCGGUAGCAAUUCCACUCCAUGCGGCAAUAAAGAUACGGAACUGAUUGAGUUUCUAAACAAAGAAUGGCUGGAAUUGUUUAAUCGUUUGCGCAACGAAAAUUUGAAACCUUUACCGAAUCGUUUUCUAGUCAAUUUACUGCCUACACGUUUACAUCUGCUCUUAGAAAUGCCAUAUGAGAAAUUCUUUAGCGAUUUAGCUCAAUUGGUUAUGCAAUUCUAUGUUGGCGCGAGCAAUCUAUCAUUGCAAUGCAAAUUACAAUGCGAUAAUGUUGUUCAGCUUGUAAAUUUUUGCGGUAAUAUUAUCGCCGCAAGCGAUGAAUCUUUCGAAGAUGGCCUAUGGCGUAGACGUGAAUGGCAAAGCAAGAUAGCAGCAAGUUUGGAAAUACUCUCGCUGUACGCUUUCAUACUGACAGCGCUUUACGAAAAGCUACAGACUUCGAGUAAAAUUAAACCGAAAAAGAAAUCAAAUUCCGAGACUGAAUUAGUGAUUAGCGAAAAGGAACGCUGCCAAAUGCUUAUAGAAUUAAUGAGACUUUUGAAAAGAGAAUUCCAACGCUGUGAUAAACUAAUAAACGAUUGGAAAACGCCGGCAUUGCCUCGUGAUUUAAAUUCGUUUAUGGCAGAUAUGUCACUAAAACCUGAAGUGGAAGCCACUUUAAUCGGUGACGUGGCCUCUGUAUUUAAAGAAUCGCAUGAAUUAAUGGUGACAGAGUUAAGAAAUCUGAUAAAGGAUAAAAUACGUAUGAUCUCCAAGUAAAAACAAGAAUCCGUGAUUGCAUUUUAACUGUAAUAAAAUGUAAUUUUUAUAAAGUUGAAAUACAAAGGGGGCGCGGGAUAGCAAUACAUUCAUUCUGCUGCCCCUUAAUUCUCGUUAAGGUCAUUAUUUUGUAAUAUAAAAAUUUUUAGGAAGUUCUUUUUUUUCUCUGUUUCCUUGAAUUUAGUUAUUCUUAUUUUCCUGCUAAACACUUUUCAAUGCCCACCUCGUAAAAAAAAAAA